CUGAACUGGUCUAGAGGUUUGACCCACUCCGAGCCCAGAACGAGUUGUGCGAUUUUCGCCCAAAACGAAAGUAAGUUACGCCACACUCCACUCAGCUCCACUCCGCUCCAACCGGAACUCAAAAUGAACCCAGCACAAACCCAGCACAAACCCAGCACAAACCCAGCCCAAUGUGCACCGUAUAAAGCCAUGGGCUUAGAGUAACUGGCCGACCAUUCAAAUGGAGGCAAUUGCCACUUGGACACUGGCCCUGCUGCAGCUGCUGCAGCUGCUCGACUGGAGCACCGCCCUGGGUCGCUACUCCCUGGGGCAGGAGGAGCGCCCCCUGUGGAUACUCGAGGAUGGGCUGGCGAAGCGGCAGCGGGAGGAGCGCGAGGAGUCGGACUAUGCGACCACAACCAGAAGGCCGCCGCCCGUAGGAUGGCGACGAAAUGCACGCGAGCCGGGCUCCAUUACCUUUCUGGUGCGGCACGAGGAGCGUCCCGCUCCCGCUCCGGCUAGGGCUCCAGCUGGCAUGCUGCCACAGCGACGGUUCAUGAUGCCACCCCAUCGCCUGCAGCUGCCCCACCACUAUGUGCAGCAGCGCAGAACGAGCCCGGGCAGGAGCAGGAGCAAGAGCAGAAGCAGAAGCCACCGCAGGCUGAGCGGCAACCAGCGACGGCUGCAGCUGCCCGUCUUCGACAACGGGCCAGGGGACAAUGCCCUGGCCGGGUCGGAGCAGCCGAUCUUCGUCUACAAUGGCACCAGGGGCGAGAUGAUACUGAACACAGUGCUGAGCGGUCAGCGGUACCCCAUGCAGGAGCCGGUGCCCGGCCAGGUGCUCUACCCCCCCUCGACGCCCAUGUUCCGGCCCAAGCCAAUUGUCGAGCGCUUCCGAAUGCCCGGCCAACGGCAGCUGCUCAAUCUCACCCUCAUCCCGUUCUACGCCCACGAGGCCAUCACCACCAGCAGCACCACCACGGAGCUGCCGCCGACCACGCCCCUGCCGACACCCAUGCCGACGCCCUACGAGACGCAGCUGCCGCGCAGCGAAAGGAAGCGGAAGCGCAAGAAGGCCAAGCAGUACAGCGCCUUCCACUCGCCCCAGGAGGUGGUCCAGUGGCAGUCGGUGCUCCGUCGAUCCACCGGAGACAAUCACCACCGCCACAACUCGGGCACCGACGCAGAGCUGCAGCUGGAGGAGCCCCUGGAGCAGUCCCUGGAGCAGCCCCUGGAGGAGGAGCUGCAUGAGCAGGACUGGCUGACAGAGGAGGUGGCUGAUCCGUCCGAGGCUGUGGCAGAGGUUGAACUGCCGUUGCAGCAGAUCGAACAGCAGGAAACGUCGACUGCAACCAGCGUCAGACCCUUCCAGAUCGUGUAUUUCGACGAGAGUCUGGAACGACCCGAGGCCGAAGCGCUGGACAGCACCACCAGCUCCCCACCGCAGCAGCGGCUGAGCUCACGGUAUGCCCUGAAGCGGGAGUACUAUGCCUUUCCCGUCUACACGCUGGGCAAGCUGCUCCAGCCACAGGCACAGCCACAGGUCGAGUCCCAGUCGGAGGAGAUCGAUCGUUCGGCGAGGAGUUCCUCUGAGCAGCAUCCCAGCACUUGGUUCAUUCUGAAUUCGCGCUACAAGGGACCGCAUCACCGAUGGCCGGGAAAGGGCACAGGAGCGGGAACGGGUACGGGAGCGUACAACCAAACCAAGUACUACACAUCCAAGUACAUAGAGAAUGCAAUCAGACCACGAAGAUAGAGGCCCCCGUGCCAGCAGCUUCCUCUAAGAGUGUUUUAAGUGUAGCAAAUAAAGACUGUGACUCAAGGUGCAAGUGGAAGUGGAAGUGAUGUGGGGAAGACUUGGAAGGAGGAGGCGGAGUUCGGUUCGGAUCAAAGAUGGUUCGU